CCAUUACGAGAGACCUAAGACGACCAACGUAGCAGGAAAUGACGGCUUGCUUACGGUGCUAAUGCUAGCUUAGCAUUGCUAGCGCUGCUACCUUGUUGAAGCUGAAUUUGAGGGGCGUGGCUUUGGUCAGAGACUCUUAAUUGUCCUUGUGAGUAGGAAUGUGUGACAUAAGAGAAGACAAGCGCUACACACACCGGAUGGCGUCUUGAGUGCGUCUGCAUAUUCUGCAUUGAUGACGUUAGCUCACUUCAGAACUUGAGUGAGGCACAGAGAAGGGAGCGGAUCCGGGCCGAGGGGCGGGCGGGAUGGAGGGUGGAUUCCAUGGAGGGAGUCCAUCCAGCUGCUUUCGCCGACUCUCGACAGGACGCCGUCAGGAGAAGCAACGCUUGCACAUGUCUGACGGAUGCAAAAAGACCAGGAACAUGUUUGCAGGAUAAGAGUGGAAGCGCUGCACAUGAACGGCUUCCACAUGGCGGAUGUGAAGAUGUGGGCCUUGAUGGGAGCCGUGUGCCUGUGCCACUGUGUCACCGGACAGCUGCUGAAAGGAGCCCCGCGUCUCCUCUGCAGCGUACCAGGGGCGCCGGGACCACCCGGCAAGCCCGGCCCGGGCGGGACCCCGGGAGCAGAUGGGAACGCGGGUGUCCCUGGCAGAGAUGGCAGGGAUGGCAGGACGGGGGAGAAGGGACAGAAGGGAGACCCAGGUUUAAAGGGCAGGGUGGGCCCCACAGGUAAGAUCGGUGAGCGAGGUGAGCGAGGUCCUACGGGUAAACGAGGUCCCGUGGGGGAGAAUGGAGGUGAAGGCCCUCCGGGCCCUCUGGGUCACAACGGCGAGAAAGGACAAAAGGGCCAACGUGGCAUUCGCGGGAUGCCGGGACAAUGCAAAUGCGGGAGCCUCACACCAAAAUCAGCUUUCUCUGCGGGCAUCACCAACAGCUACCCGACAGAGAAUACACCCAUUAAAUUCAACAAGGUCCUCCUCAAUGAGGGGGGCCAUUACAACCCCCAAACGGGCAAGUUCAUCUGCGCCUAUCCCGGCAUUUAUUACUUCUCCUACGACAUCACCCUGGCCAAUAAACACUUGGCCAUCGCACUGAUGCACAACGGACAGCAUCGCAUCAAAACCUUCGACGCCAACACGGGCAACCACGACGUGGCUUCAGGGUCUACGGUGAUGUUCCUCAACGCCGAAGACGCCGUGUGGCUUGAGAUCUUUUACCAUGACCAGAAUGGUUUAUUUGCCGACCCGGGCUGGGCGGACAGCUUGUUCUCCGGCUUCUUGCUCUACGCCGACACAGACUAUUUUGACACACUGGCAGCAGACUACGCAUAAGCAAAAGUGAGAAUCAAGCUAAGCUAACAAGCUAAUUACUCUGGGUUUGGUGGUUCAAUCAUGUAUGACAAACUAUUUUUCAGAGGAUUUGUGUUAUUACUGUCGUUCCUCAAAUAGUGACCGGCCCUCUGUAUCAUUGCCUGUGUGGGUUUUCUCCGAGUUCUUCGGCUUCCUCCCAGAUUCCAUGCAUGGUAGGUUGAUUGAAGACUCUGAAUUGUCCGUAUGCAGGCCUGUAUGUAAGUGUGAAUGGUUGUUUGUGUACAUGUGUGCCCUUCGAUUGGCAGUCAACCAGUUCGGGGUGCACCCUGCCUUUCACCCUAAGUUAGCACGGACAGGCUCCAGCAAAUCCAUGUCGCUGGUAAGGAUAAGCGGUACAGAAAAUGGUGGGAUGGAUAGCAUGGACUGGAAUAUGAGCCACCAGAAAGCAAAUUUGAAUAAUUGAUAUUUGAAUUUGAAUCGCUAAUAUUUUAUGCAUUGAAAACCUGAAUUCAAAUUACAUUCCAUAAAUGAACUUUGUAUUGUUUAAUUUGAAUCAUUGCAUUGAAAAACUGAAUCUGAAUUGUACAAUUUGUAUGUAUUAGUUUGGAACCAAAGUCCAAUAAACUUCAAACUGAGUUCAAAA